CGUGCUGUUUCCAGCUGGCAGUCCUCUCCGCUGCACCAUGCGUCUCCUACCGCAGACACUAUGGGAUGUACCCGCUCUGAGAGGACACUAACCCCGGGCUCUGCUGCUGCCUGUGUCAGCUCUCUGCUCUCCUUCAGCCGGGGAAACCCUGCCGCGCCACUCUGAGCGUUUUCAUCCACACCGCGCCGCUUUCCUUCUUUAAUUUAUUUGUUUCCUGCCGUUUCAUUUAUGGACCACAUAAGCUCUGAAUAGAGUGUUUGUAAUUUCCGUUUACACAGCUGAAGAUGGAGUCGGUGAUGGAGAGGGAGUGCAGCGCGCUGGGGGGGCUUUUCCAGACUGUCAUAGGAGACAUGAAGGGCAGUUACCCUGUCUGGGACGACUUCAUCAGCAAGGCCAGCAAGCUCCAGUCCCAGCUCAGGUCGACGGUUGUCGCGGUAGCAGCCUUCCUGGAUGCCUUUCAGAAGGUGGCCGACCUGGCGACCAACAGCCGAGGAGGAACCCGGGACAUUGGCUCCGCCCUCACCAGGAUGUGCAUGAGGCACCGCAGCAUCGAGACCAAACUGCGCCAGUUCUCCAUGGUGUUUCUGGACUGUCUGAUCAGCCCUCUCCAGGAGCAGAUGGAGGAGUGGAAGAGAGUUUCCAACACUCUGGACAAAGACCACGCCAAAGAGUACAAGAAGGCCCGUCAGGAAAUCAAGAAGAGAUCUUCUGACACUCUGAAGCUUCAGAAGAAAGCUAAGAAAGCUGAUGUAUUUGGCCGCGGGGACCUCCAGCCUCAGCUGGACAGUGCCAUGCAGGACGUCAGUGAUAAGUACCUGCUGCUGGAGGAGACGGAGAAGCAGGCGGUGAGGAAGGCGCUGGUGGAGGAGAGGAGCCGCUUCUGCUGCUUCGCCUCCAUGCUGAAGCCCGUCGUGGAAGAGGAGAUGUCCAUGCUGGGGGAGAUCACUCACCUCCAGACUCUCACAGACGACCUGAAGACUCUGACCAUGGACCCACACAAGCUGCCCGCCUCCAGCGAACAGGUGAUCGUGGACCUAAAGGGCUCCGAGUGCACCUGGUCCUACCAGACUCCACCCUCAUCACCAAGCACCACCGUAUCCAGGAAGUCCAGCAUGUGCAGCAGCCUGAACAGUGUGAACAGCAGCGACUCUCGCUCCAGCGGCUCACACUGCCACUCCCCCACCUCCCAUUUCCGUUACCGCGCCUCCUCCUCCUCCUCCUCCUCGGUGCUCCCCCAGCAGGCACCAGCCCGCCUCUCCUCGGUCUCCUCCCACGACUCUGGCUUCAUCUCCCAGGACGCCUUCCAGUCCAAGUCCCCUUCACCCAUGCCUCCGGACGGCUCCCAGGACUGGGCCAAACCGGGCCCUUAUGAACAGUCCAUGGUGAACACCCUGAAGAGGAGCAAGGACAGGAAAGAGACUACAGAUCCCAGCAGCCACCACAGCGCUGACGUCACCACCCCAGGAGAGGUUAAAGGCCCCCCUGGGACCUCAGCCAAGGAUGACAGGGAGGCCCAUGAGGAGCUGGCCCGCGCUCUGGCCCGGGGCCUCCAGCUGGACAUCCACGGCUCCAGCAGAGACUCCCUGCAGGGCUCCAGCGGCUACAGCAGCCAGACACACACACCCUGCUGCUCAGAGGACACCAUCCCCUCACAAGUGUCAGACUGUGACUACUACUCUGUGGGGGCGGAUCAGGAAGGCGAGCACCAGCAGGACUUUGAUAAAUCCUGCACCGUCCCCAGGAACAGUGACAUCACUCAGUCCUACCGCCGCAUGUUCCAGUCCAAGCGGCCCGCCUCCACCGCUGGACUGCCAUCCAACCCCUCCGCCAUCAUCACCCCGGGAACCGCCACCAUCCGCCGAACGCCAUCCUCCAAACCCAACCUGCGGCGGCCCUCCGGAGGCCUUAACCUGGGCCCCAUCCCCAUCAAGCCUCCCAUGAUCCCAGUAAAGACCCCCACUGUUCCUGAACACCCAGGCUUCCCCAGCAGAGCGGCCUCAGAGGACGGAAACACUAAACGGACCCCGCUCAGCCCCCCCUCCACGCCGUUGUCACCAGGCUGCAGCGGGCCUCUGUCCCAGAGGUCCAGCUCCUGGGAGGCCCAGCACCUGAGCGAGGGCUCGGAUCCUCCCACCCCACCACCGCAGCCCGGGGGGCGGAUGUGCGAGUGGGAGCGCCGGCCCCUCCCGGAGCUGCUGGAGGAGACAGAAAACUGCGAGGUGGAGGAUUUUCUGGUGGCUAUCCGCAGAGGCGUCAGGCUCAAGAGGACGUCCACCAAUGACCGAUCAGCGCCGAGUAUUCACUGAGACUCUGAGGGGGGAUCUGGGGGGGCUCGAGCCAAUGGCUGGUUUAGCAAAGAUGCUCUUAGAGGGAUGGGUAUAAAUGAAAGUAAACAUCUACAGCUGUGACAUCAGUGGACGCAGAGGAUGGGAGGAAGGUGCCUGGCGACUCUGAUCAAGGAUCGGGUUUGUAAUGGUUAAAUCCUCUUUGGAGGGAUAUCAGAGCGUGUAUGUGCGUCGUUUGAUAUCCCUCUGAUGCAGACUGAAGGGAAUCAUUUGGGUAAAAGAAACAAGUUUCUCUUCCAGAUUUAGAACACAAUGGUGUGUUCAGGCCUACAGUUCCACCAUAUAGCCACAUUGACCUGCUGGGGAAACUGACUGAAGCGCUCCUCCCCCUGUCCAGUAUUGCCCUUGACUAGUUGAGGAACACUGGUCAGUUCCCCUGGGCAACUUCAGAACAUAAGAGCAAAGGACGUCGUUGUGUGAUGAGUUGUACAAGGAGCUUCUUGUAGCAUAAAUGAUUUAUUAAACAUUAAGUAAAUGUAAAAGCGUGGUGUUGGGAAGGAAGGACGAGUGGACAUGAAGGGAAAGAAGUGGGAGUGGUAACAGCGAGCUGGAGGGAGUGAUGGAUUAUUUUCAAAAGAUCAAAUCAUUAUUUGUAUGUACAUAUUUAUAUUUCCAUGUGUUUGUACCUUUAUGUUUGUCAUACGCUCCUUUUGCAUCCCCGUAGUCUCCCAUUUCACUUGAAGGUGCCAAAAGCCUGUGGGCUGAGCUUAACUGAAAUAUUCUCUAUUUAAUGAAAGGAUGCUGGACUCUGUUUUCUGUAUAAGCAUAGAGAAUAAAGAGCGACUGACAGAAAAAUUGAGCUUUGACACAAACUGAAAGUAUUUGUAUGUGUUAGGGUAGCAUAUUAAAGUGGUGUGUACCAUUCACAGAUAUCUGGCACAGUUAUUAAUGCCACGAUGAGUAGAUAAACCUGCAUGUUCUUAAAGUUUGCCCCAGUAUAAACAAUCCUUUUGGCUUUUAAAUGACGUAAUACCAGCAGUGGAUGUAAACAGUGUUGAGAGUAGCAGAUCAGGAACUCUGGAGCCUACAUUGUGCUAGAUUAAGUCUGCUGUCAGCUGUAGAAAACUAUGUAAAAAAUUGAAAUUAAAUAAAUAAAUGAAAGCUAUUAGAACUAUUUUAUAGAACUCCUGCAGACAGACAGGAUCCAUCACGUUGUUGGCCUCCAGGUUCAACAACCCCUCUGUCGCUGUUCAACUGAUCUACCAGCUAAGUAGCAACGUUGUGUUAGCAUACAGCUACUAUAGAAAUCAGAGUGAUGUGAUCUAUUGAUCUGUCGUAGUGGAGCCAGCGUGCUGAAGCUGAGGAGCACUCUGGAGGAGUUUAGUACUGGGAGAGUGUGCUGCAGUUCUCUGGAUUAUACCAUUCUAAAGUAUUUGAUGAGGGAUUGCCAACAGUCUUAGGAUCACUGAUAUGCUUACUACACAAAAAUCAAUAACUGUUAGUCCACUUUCCCAAUACAGACUCCACUGUAAAGUGUGUUUACUGCUGUGAACAUCAACAGUUUGAGACAGCCGUGAUGGAGGUCUUUAGCAUGUUCCAAUGUGAUGUUAUAAUAGCUAGCUACUUGUUGGCUAAUACCAUAUAGUGUAAAUUGAUCAUUUGGAUACAGCAGUAUAUUUACUCAGGUUCUGUUCAAAACUGUGCUUGAUAAUUUCCCUUCUAUGCUACUAAAAAAUCUCAUGCUAUAACCUUGCUGAGAUAAACCAUUCUGCAUAGAGAAUGUACACUUCUUUGAAAUGUACCCACCUUUACUGGAGUAUUUUUACAAUUUGCUAUUACUGCUUUUAAUGAAGUAUAUGAUCUGACUUUGUCCAGCACAAGAACACAUUUAAUUCCUCAGACUUUUGGAUUUGUUUGAGCAUAUCACUUACAAGAGGAUCUUAUAUCAGAUAGCUUUAAAUUAGUUUAUCACGUUGACAAAGGCACAAACAAAUCAGAUUUUGGUAGUGAAAUAUUUAUUUUGUUUAAAUAAACUAAUUUGGACACUAGCCAGUGUAGUAUUGUUCAGCCCUGUAGCAUUACACAAAUACUGAUCAUAGUACAGACGCAGUACAGCGUUUGCUAGCUAGCAGAUCUAGACACGACUCCCCUACACAGACCUCCAUCAUGGCGCCAGAUGGUUCAACUUCUGCCCCGACUGAAUCCUCUGUUCACUGCGGCAAACCAGCCGGCUACAACACUUCCUGCUGUGCACUGAUAUUCAUAUAUAACCCAGCUUGUAAUUACUAAAUGUCAGAUGAGCUAAAGCAACCUGUGUCUGCGGGUGGUUAACGUAUCAAGCUGCAGUAGAAGAACCUGCCCUGUUGCUACUGAAUAGUUACUGUUAGUAGAAGGCCAUCACAAGUCCAGUUGUUUAUUCAUUUGAAUGUUUCCACUCAUGUUCCUGUGGCUUUACACGUUUUAAACUCCAGACUGUCCCGUCGAGCAUAUAAAACAUAUUAACAACUGUAUUUAAUAUGCAUGUCUUUUUUAGUUAAAGGAUUUAAUGGUCUGUUUUUUUCUACUGGAAUCCUUUUUUCUUGGUCUGCUUCGACUAGACGCAUUUUAGAGGCCGUCCUUUGAUGCUGCGUGUCCCCACAGGGGUCAGUAACGUUUCAGAUUUAGUGUGACAGCAGUUUGACUCCCUGUAUGAAGACUGAAGCCUGUCUGUUUUAUAUCCGUUUUUAUUUUCCAGUGCAGGUUAUCCAAUACGCUGGUGUAGCUGACGCGAUGCAAAGCGUAUGAAGCUGAACGUUCCAGCCUGUGAGGAGUCAGUAUCUGUGAACACACACUGAGGAGUGAUUCAGGAUCAAACCCAUUAGCAACACAACUUAUUCUCAAUGCAAAACGGUUUGACGUUAUUCAGCAAUUAUUUUUUCAGAAAGAACAUUUGUUAGAAAAAAUCUUAAUAAAAGUUAGAGUCGAAACACUUCCAGUCCUCAGUGUGUGUGUGUGUGUGUGUCUCUGAGCUGUAAGUAAAACAGCCGUCAGUGUGUACAUUAAACUUUUACUUUGAGACAAUUUGCCAAAUUUCCUACAGUAUAUGCUGAAUGAUGCCCUGGGUUUCUUUGUUUCCUGUUUCAUUUUCUCUUCUUGUUUCAGAACGUGCUUUCACAUAUAAAUAUUAAACAUGUGGGUUAAGUUGCAGCUAACUUCUUUUCACGUAAACUUUAAAAUGAUUUUUUAUCUUUUGGGAGGACAGAUUUUAAAGUAAAAGUGGAUCCUGUUCCAACAUACAUGAUGGUGCUGGGUGGGGUGUUAUUUUUAGAUUUCAUUAGCACCUUUCCAACAGCUGAGCCAAAACAAGAGUUAUUAAAGCCUGAGGGCCGGAGAGGGGGGGGGGAUAAAGGGAAAUCAUUUGGGACUCAGAGGAAGUAAAGUAUUAAAGCCCCAAACUUUUGAAAAAGAUAUACUUUAUUUUUUCAAUUACUCUAAAGUGUGGGGCCAAAGGAGGGUAAAUUAAAAUCAGGGACAGAUGGAUACAUAUUUGUUUUGUUGGCAGGACCGGCCCUGAUCCUCAUUUUGACAUGUGCUGUAGAAUACAUCAUCACUAAUUAUGUGAACACAAACAUUACAUUUAGCUUUAAAAUCUACUCAGCCUUGAACACAUCGUACAAGUGAAAGCUGUGAGGACAGAAAUGUUUUUGCUGAAAAGAUCAAGGGAAGAGGUUUACUACAUGUUUCAGCAAAGGAGGAAGUUUAGACUUCAUUACCCAGAAGGCAUCCGACUUCUCCGUUACUGUGACACAGUCCUGUCUCUAAAGUAACGGCAACAUGUUUUUUAUUUCAUUACUGGGCGACCUGUUUCUGACCUGUAUUUGUGUUUGACGCUCACUUCCUGGAUAAAGUGUCUCCUGUUUUCUAUGUAUACCAGCUGUUUUGGCUAAAUAAUAAAAUCGUAGCAUACGAUGUGCAUCUUA